CCCAUGGCCCCUGCAUUGGCAGGCGGAUUCUUAACCACUGUGCCAACAGGGAAGCCCCAGAUGUUUAUGUUUUAAAAAUUAAUAUUGGGACUUCCCUGGUGGUCCAGUGGCUAGGGCUCCGUGCUCACAGUGUAGGGGGCCCAGGUUCAAUCCCUGGUUGGGGAAUUGGAUCCCACAUGCUGCAACUAAGACCCGCCGCAGCCAAAUAAAUAAAUAUUUUAAAAAAUUAAUAUUAAGAACAUUUUUAAAAUUCAAAUCUCCUUAAAUCUUACAUUUCAAUUCAUAAUUCUAGUAUAUUUUAACAGUUAUUUGUAAGGAGGUCUUGGAUUAAUGUUGGGACCUAUUUGCAAACUUAAACACUUCCAGAUUUUCUUUUUGUGUACUUGUAGAUGUAAUAUAUUCAUUUUUUCUUCAAGCACUGCAUUUCCUAAUUUUAACCACAAAUCUCUUCAGUUUCCCUCAAGUUUAUUCUCCUGCCCUCACUCACUUUCCACUCCUGAGUAACCAUUUUUGGCCUUUCCAGUUUUUAAUUGUUUUAUGUACAGCGUACCUUGGAAAUAUUGCGGGUUUGGUUCCAGGCUACUGCAAUAAAGUGAAUAUCAAAAAGUGAGUCACAUGCAAUUUCUGGUUUCCCAGUGCAUAAAAAAGUUAUGUUUACACUAGAGUCUAUUAAGUGUGCAAUAGCAUAGCAUUGUGUAAAAAAAGUGUACAUACCUUAAUUAAAAAGUUGUUUAUUGCUAAAAAAUGCUAACCAUCAUCUGAACCUUUAGUGAGUUGUAGUAGUAACAUCACAGAUCACUAAUCAGGGAAUACUCUGUUGAUCCAGUGGUUAGGACUCUGCCGUUUCACCACUGAGGGCUGGGAUUCGAUCCCUGGUCCAGGAACUAAGAUCCCGCAAGCCCCGUGGUGUGGCCUAAAAAAAAAAAAAAAAAUCACUAAUCAAAGAUCACCAUAACAAAUAUAACAGUAAUAAAAAAGUUUGAAAUAUUAUGAGAACUACCAGAAUGUAACACAGAGACGUGAAAUGAGCAAAUACUGUUGGAAAAAUGGUGCCAAUAAAUUUGGGUGAUGCAGGGUUGCUACAAGCCUUCGAUUAAAAAAAUCUGUGAAGCACAGCCUGUAUUCUCUAUAAUGCUAUGUACGUAAUGUGUUUGCCCCUCUAUUUCUUUUUCUUUUCUUUUUUUUUUUUUUUUAAGUUUAUUUUUGGCUGUGUUGGGUCUUUGUUGCUGUGCGAGCGCUUCUCAUUGCGGUGGCUUCUCUUUUUGCAGAGCACGGGCUCUAGGCGCGUGGGCUUUGGUAGUUGUGGUUCACGGGCUCAGUAGUUGCGGCUCGCGGGCUCUAGAGCGCAGGCUCAGUAGUUAUGGCACACGGGCUUAGUUGCUCCGCGGCAUGUGGGAUCUCCUGGACCAGGGCUCGAACCUGUGUUGCCUGCAUUGGCAGGCAGAUUCUUAACCACUGCGCCACUAGGGAAGUCCCCCCUCUAUUUCUUUUUAAAUUCUAGUUUUUAAAGUCAGGUUUAUUGAUGUGUAAUUUGCAUUCAGUGAAAUUCACUUCUUGUACAUGGGCAAUCUGAUGAGUUUUGGCACACUUGAUCAGGGUAACCACCAAAACAAUCAAGGUAAAGAAUAUCUCCGUCACCUCUGAAAGUCGUUUCCCCACCCUGCACCUGCUUUUUUUUAAAUCAAAUUAAAAAAAAAUACACCUUUAUUUGAUUUUCUGGCUGUGCCGCACUGUUUCACAUGGAAUUCGGGAAUCUUAGUUCCCGGACCAGGGAUCGAACCCACGCCUUCUGCAGUGGAAGCGUGGAGUCUUAACCACUGGAUCUCCAGGGAAGUCCCUGCCCGUUUCUUGAUUUACAAAGUUUAAGCAGCAUCUAUGAACUCUUUGCUCUUUAAGAUGAUUCUGUGAUUUUUAAAGAUAAUUUGGUGCAUUCCUGUUUUCUGCUCUAGGGUGGAUCUGGCUAGAGUGUAUGUCCUUUAGAUAGAGUGUUGGGUAGUGAGGACAAGACCUUUGAGUUUGAAGACCCCGCCCACUCCCGGAGGCUGCGCAGUGGUAAGCGCACUGUGCUGCUGCACAGGCGCCCUCUGGAGGCCGAAGGGCCUCAUUGCUCGGGCGCUGGAAAGGGGCCUCAGCUGGUGUCCCGUGAGGCUGUGCGUGCGUCCCUGGGAGACCCGCAAGAGGGGCGCGGCUGGCCACCUCGAACUGAAGAGUCACCCUACUGUGCACCAGGCGGGGGGGAUCGGGGGCUAGAGGAACAGACUGAUUUAUUGUGCACCUGUUAUGUACCAGUACAGGGAAAUAGAUUAAUAUAGUUUAUUAAUGUAUCUUUAUUAAUAUAUUUUUAAAAAUGUGAAACAAACACAAGCGUACAGAAAAGUUAUACAUUCAUUAGAAAGAACUGGUUUUGUUUCCUGAACCAUUUGAAAGUAAGUUGUCAACCCGAGUGCCCUCUUUCCCCAGUACUUUAGUGUAUAAACAGUGGCCUUGCCCCCAGUACAGCUGUCAGGUACAAUCCUCCUGUCCCCUUCAGGGUUUCCUCGUCCCAAUGACGUCCUUUAUAGCAGAAGGACCCCAGUUAGCACCAUGCAUAGCACAUACUUGUCAUGUCUCUUCAGUCUAGAAGGAGUCUUGGUCUUUCCUUGAAUUGCGAGGAUGACAUUUCCGAAUAUCGCAGGGCAGUGAUUUUGCACAAUGGCCUUCUGUGGACAUCUUUGUCCAAUGUUUGGCGAGGAUGUCACAUAAAGGAUGCUGUGUUCUCUUUGCAUCUCACCAGCACAGAAUUCUACAGGAACGAGGGGCGUGCACGGUCCUUGUCACCUGAAUGAAGCUCUGGGGAUGGAAUCAGUUUUCACCCUGUGAUCACAGUUUUGCAGUGAAAGUGAAGGAUACAUACAUUUGUGCAGCAGCGGUCCGUGGGCAUAUCUGCAGAAGGAAAAACAUGUCCAGGGUGCUGCAGAAGGACGUGGAGCGGGAAUCACAGAUGCGAGCAGAGAUCCAGGGUAUGAGGCAGGAGCUCUCCACCGUCAACAUGAUGGACGAGUUUGCCAGAUACGCCAGGCUGGAGAGAAAGAUCAACAAGAUGACUGAUAAGCUCAAAACUCACGUGAAAGCACGGACAGCUCAGUUGGCCAAGAUAAAAUGGGUUAUAAGUGUUGCUUUCUACAUAUUGCAAGCUGCCCUGAUGGUCACACUCAUCUGGACGUACUACUCUGUCCCUGUGGCCGUGGUGCCGAGUAGGUGGAUAACUCCACUAGACCGCCUGGUAGCGUUUCCCACCGGAGUAGCAGGGAGCGGCUCCGUGUCUCCGCCUCACACAGGGCUUGCAGCAGAGGAGCGGACGUCUAGAGAACUUACGUGUCCAGUGUCACCGAAAUGUGAAGAGGCAGGGCUACAGUUCAACCCAAGCCUGCCUCCGUCAUCCAAGCCCCGUACCUGGGGUCUGAUACCCCGUUUAUUGAAACACCACCCCUGGUUCCCAAAUUCUGUGACUCCUUUUCAGUUCACACUAUGCUUAGCCCCUCUGCAGCAUUUCCUGCUAUCGGCCAUUCUUUGACUUCUGAAGGAAUUUCUUUCGGGUGUUAAAAUUAGUACAUGUCAUCGCAGAAUGAUUAGAAAUAUAAGAAAAAACUUUAAAAAAGACUCAGUGGCUGUGGAUAACCCCUCUUAACAUUGUGGUAUAUUUUUUCCAGUCUUUUUUUCUAUUUAUUUUGUAUGGUUAAGGUUAUCUGGCACAUACAGUUUUUUACCCCUCUUAUUACGUAAGCCUUUUCCCACAUCAGUAAAUUUCUUCAGGUUAGAGACGGACGUGCUGCUGGCUGUGCUGAGAGGGCAGCUUGAUAAAUUUCUUUAUUAAGGAAUUUUGAAUAGCUGUUCUUCAUUUGGGUGUGUCAUAAUUUACCAAUUUCCCUGUUAAAGGAUAUUUCUUUAAGUCCCCCGUCUUUGCUGUAGAGAUGAGGCUGCGGUACACACCCUGGUCAGCCAGUCUUUGCUUGUGAUGUGUGAUCAUGCUGGAGGGGAAGUGCUAAGUCAAAGGGGUGACCGUGUCAAAGGCUCCCAAUUUAGCCAGGCCCCGUCCCCCCCCCUCCCCCUCCCCCUCCCCGGACCCAGCCAGGAUUGUGCAGCUGGUGGCUCUCAGCGUUGCCGAGCCGAGGAGCCGGAGGCCGCCCCCCGGGCGUCCUGUGGCCUCUCUUCCUGUCUCUCAGCAUCAGCGGGGCAAGAAAGGUGUGGGUAGACAUUCCUCCGUGCUUAAAACAGAUCAUCUGACAGGGUGGUCUUACAGUCUGUUAAUACCGUAAAUAACGAUGCACGUCUCUCUGGCAGGAAAGAUAAAUUCUUCAAAUCAUUGUUUGUUGUUUUGAGUAAUUCCUGCUUAGUAAAGAAGGCAGCUCUGUGAAUCAGUAGAAAGUCUGGGGGCUUCCCUGGUGGCGCAGUGGUUAAGACUCCGCCUGCCAAUGCAGGGGACACGGGUUCGAGCCCUGGUCCGGGAAGAUCCCACAUGCCACGGAACAACUAAGCCCGUGCGCCACAACUACUGAGCCCGCGCUCUAGAGCCUGAGAGCCACAACUACUGAGCCCACGCUCUAGAGCUUCCGCUGAAGCCCGCGCGCCGCAACUACUGAAGCCCAUGCUCACCUAGAGCCCGUGCUCCGCAACAAGAGAAGCCACCGCAGUGAGAAGCCCACGCGCCGCAACAAGAGAGUAGCCCCCGCUCGCCACAACUAGAGAAAGCCUGCGUGCAGUAACGAAGACCCAGAGCAGCCAAAAAAAAAGUCUGAUCGAUUUGAACCCAGGAAACACAAACUUGGUGUUAGCCCAACACUACUCAGAAAGGACUGAAGUGCUCUAUUUCCUAGAAGUCAAAGGUAGCGGAGGCGGGAAAUGUGGGCGGAACUCCUGGCAUGCUCUCAUGUUGAAUUUCUUUA